CGGGAGCUGCGCUCUGUGCCCCGGCCCCAUGGCUGAGGGCGGCGGGGCUCGGGCAGGGGAGAGGCAGCGUGGGAAGUUCGCCGAAGAACUUGCAGUUUUUCUCCAAAUAUUUAUGCUCUGCGCUGGAAGUAAAUAGGCUGAUGUUAAAAUAAUGGAUUCCAAAGAAUUGCUUAAGUCGUCAGAUCAAGAUGAAACCCGGAAAAAUGCGCUCAUCAGUACCAAAGGAGGGAUCGUGAUGGACUUCCAUCCGCCCUUCAGGGGUGGAGCCUCCGCACAAGCCCCUGUAUCUGCAGCUCCUCUCCCCGUGUCUUCUCAGUCAGACUCCGCUCAGCAACCCGCUCUGGCUGACUUCUCAAAAGGAUUGGUAAACAAUGUGCCUCCGCCGGACCUGUCCAAGGCAGUGUCACUCUCCAUGGGACUGUAUAUGGGCGAAACAGAUGCGAAAGUGAUGGGAAACGACCUUGGAUUUUCACAGCAGGGCCAAACUGGCAUCUCUUCUGGAGGAGAAACGGACUUCAGGCUCCUGGAGGAAAGCAUUGCAAGCUUGAACAAGUCCUCGAGCCUGGCAGAGGACUCGAAGGGAGCAGUGUCAUCCGAGGUGCCGCUGGAGCCGGACUUUGCGGGCAUGGCUGGCCGCGGGCCCCUGGAGCCGGGGGCUUCGGUCCAAAGCCAGGUCGGCUCCAACGGCGGCAGCCUGAAGCUGUUCUCUGAAGACCAAAGCACGCUGGAUAUCCUCCAGGAUUUAGAAUUGCCGUCGGUAUCGCCUGGCAAGGAGCCCAAUGGGAGUCCGUGGCGGCUCGACCCGUUGCUUGAUGACGGAGGCUUGCUGUCCCCCAUCUCCGCUGACGACGCGUUCCUCCUGGAAGGAAACCUGGGGGAAGACUGCAAGCCCCCCAUUUUGUCUGACACUAAACCUAAAAUUAAUGACCGUGGUGACCUUUUACCCAGUUCCAAAAUGCCAAUGCCUCAAGUGAAAACGGAAAAGGAAGACUUCAUCGAACUUUGUACUCCUGGCAUAAAGCAAGAAAACAUGGGCCCAAUUUACUGUCAGGCAAACUUCUCCGGGUCUAAUCUGCUGGGUACUAAAGUCUCUGCCAUCUCUAUCCACGGUGUCAGUACCUCUGGGGGACAGAUGUAUCACUAUGAUUUAAAUACUGCAUCGCUCUCUCAGCAGCAGGAUCAGAAACCAAUUUUUAAUAUCAUUCCGUCUCUUCCUGCCGGUUCAGAAAAUUGGAAUAGGUGCCAGGGAUCAGGGGACGAGGCUUUAGCUCCCUUGGGAACGCUCAACCUUUCUGGCAGACCUGCUUUCUCUAAUGGCUAUUCAAGCCCUGGAAUGAGAUCAGAUGUAAGCUCUUCUCCAUCCACAACCUCAGCGACUGCGGGACCACCUCCCAAGCUCUGCCUCGUGUGCUCUGACGAGGCCUCUGGGUGUCAUUACGGUGUUCUUACUUGUGGCAGCUGCAAAGUGUUCUUCAAAAGAGCUGUGGAAGGGCAGCACAACUAUCUCUGCGCUGGAAGGAACGAUUGCAUUAUUGACAAAAUUCGGAGGAAGAACUGCCCGGCGUGCCGCUAUCGGAAAUGCCUUCAGGCGGGCAUGAACCUCGAAGCUCGCAAAACGAAGAAGAAGAUAAAAGGAAUCCAGCAGGCCACUGCCACGGGCGCCAGGGACGCUGCUGAAGCUGCUGGAAACAAGAGCGUGGUUCCCGCGUCGCUGCCGCAGCUCACCCCCACCCUGGUGUCGCUGCUGGAGGUGAUUGAGCCAGAAGUGCUGUACUCGGGCUAUGACAGCACGCUGCCCGACUCGAGCUGGCGCAUCCUGUCAACCCUCAACAUGCUGGGAGGACGGCAAGUCGUGGCUGCAGUCAAGUGGGCAAAGGCAAUACCAGGUUUCAGAAACUUGCAUCUGGAUGACCAAAUGACCCUUCUGCAGUAUUCCUGGAUGUUCCUGAUGGCUUUUGCUUUAGGAUGGAGAUCGUACAAACAAUCAAAUGGAAAUCUCUUGUGCUUUGCACCAGAUCUGAUUAUUAACGAGCAGCGAAUGAAUCUACCCUGUAUGUAUGAACAAUGCAAACAUAUGCUGAUGAUUGCCCGAGAGCUGUCACGGCUUCAAGUCUCAUAUGAAGAGUAUCUCUGCAUGAAAACGUUGCUUCUCCUCUCUACAAUUCCUAAGGAAGGCCUGAAGAGCCAGUCUUUGUUCGAAGAAAUUCGCAUGACAUACAUAAAAGAGCUGGGAAAGGCCAUCGUGAAAAGAGAAGGGAACUCGAGCCAGAACUGGCAGCGGUUCUAUCAGCUGACGAAGCUGUUGGACUCUAUGCACGAUGUGGUUGAAAAUCUUCUGAGCUUUUGCUUCCAGACGUUCUUGGAUAAAUCCAUGAGUAUUGAGUUCCCAGAAAUGUUGGCAGAAAUCAUCAGCAACCAGAUACCAAAAUACUCAAAUGGAAAUAUAAAGAAGCUCUUAUUUCAUCAGAAGUGACUGCCUUAAUACAAAAGGGUUGCCUUAAGAAAACGUCAAAUGAUAGCUUUUUUCUUUUUUUUUUCUUUCUUUUUUUUUUUUUGUAAAGACAGAACCUACCAGACUUGUUAAUUUUGUCCUUGCAGCGGUGUUUCUUUUGUAAUUAUGCACUACAUGUGGUUUACAGAGGGCCAAGAUUUAGGCUAUAGAAGCAGCGGAUUUCUCACAUUUGAUUUGUAACUGGGGAGAAAGGAGAAAGGAGAAUAAAAAGGAGAAUGAAUCUUGCUUACCAGAAAUCACAUUUCUCCCCCUACGCAACAUCAAUGGAUGCAUCAAAACCACCAGUGACAAGAUCUGAGGCUGUGUUACGAACAUUCUGCUAAUUAAUUUCUGCAGUUGGCUGGAGACAAGUUUUUUUUUUUUUAUUGUAGUAACGCAUUUUGGAUUUUCUUUUAAUUUUUCUUUUUUUUUUUUUUUAAAGUUAAGGUAGCAUUUUGGUUUAUGCAUGUAACCUGAAGAAAGUUUACAAGUGUAUAUCAGAAAAGGGAAGUUGUGCCUUUUAUAGCUAUUACUGUCUGGUUUUAGCAAUUUCCUUUCACUUUAUAUACCGUGAACGAGGCUUGUUCAUUUUUUCUUACAUAAUUUUUUUGUAAUACUUCAAGAUGCCUAUUGUACAGCUGGUUUUUUAAGGCGGGGCAGCUCGUAGCUUUCCUAAAUGACCUCUAGACGUUAAUCCUUGAGUAUACUCGUGUGAAAAUGGGUUGGGUUUUCUAACCUAAUAGCUUUCAACUGUCGAGGUGACCAUAAAAUUUGGCAUUUUUUAAGGGCCGGGGGGGGGUGGGAGAGCACUCUCAAAUCUAAUUUCAAUAGAUGCGAAUGAAACAAAUACUUUUGGUACAUGUACAAAAGCGUUGGAUAUGCAGAUUCAUAGAAAAUUAACACAGUCCUAACUGGAUGUAAACGAGCAGGUUAUUUUGUAUAUUAAAAAAAAAAAAAAAAGCCUGAUUUUUGCAUAUAAUGCAACAGCCAUAACUACGAGAGUCACGGGCUGCGCUGAUGCCAAGAAGAUCAGUCCUGACCGCCCAUCAGGAAACCUUCAGGAAAAUAUGCAUAGCUUAAGAAAAGUUUACUUCGGUGUGGGGAAACUCGCGUUCUCUGCACGCCGGAUCCUCCCGUCACGCAGGUAUCUGUGGGCAGGCGUCCUCGCCGCGAGAGGCGGACGCGGCGCCCGGCGCUUCGGCUCCGUUCCGUUCUUGCCGCAGCAGCGCCGGGAGCCGUCUCCGCGGUGAGACGCCGGCUGCGCAGCAGCGGAGCGGGGCUGCGGCUCCGCACGUACUGACCCGACCCCGCGGGGAGACGCCGUCCCCUCGCCGCCCGCUUCGCCCCUUUCCUCGGGAGCGGGAGCGCUCCGUGCCGGCUUCGUGGGCUUCGCGUUGUGCGUCCAACCUCGUCCUUGUACGGCUGCAUCCCUUCCUGUCGAGUGACUCGCGUGCCAUAAAUCCGCCGUCGGUCUCGUGAAUUUCUCCUCGUUGCCAUGGAUAGCUGUAUUUUAAAAACGUUUAGAAGCUGUAGUAGCCUUUUCUACCUGCACCUUAACGAUUUUCCGCGUCUCAAAAUGGAGGUAUUUACCAAGCCACUCUAAAAUUUGAUUUGUACUGAAAGUGGCCCGAUUAUUUGUGUAAUAGCGGCGAGAAAAAUCAUCCGGGAAGAUACGAAACCUAAUAUAUUUUUGUAUUUAGUUCUAGUUUCCAAUAUGUAUAAUCGGUAUAUUCGCUGAUCUGAGAAAAGAAGGGAAGGGCUACUGCAGCUUUCAAAGCAAUUUAUUAAUGACUGUAAAAUAGCUUGUAUAGUGUAUAAUAAGGAUGAUUUUUAGAUGACAGAUUGCUUUAUCAUGAUACAUGUAAUUAUAUUUUUUGUAGGGGUCACGGAUAUGCUGAAUGGCAACGCGUGCUUUGUCUGGAGGUAGUGCUGAGGGCACUGACGUUCAGCAUCCAAAGAAGUACUCCGUUAGACAGAAAAAAAACAAACAAACCAACCUGUGUUCAGUGGCUGUUCUUAAGGUUGAAUUCGCAUUUCUCCAAUCACUGUGUCAAAGCGCAGGUCGGACCUUGGUGGGACGCUCCCCUCCGCGUGUCCCUGUGCCGGAGCGGGCGGGUUCCUUGGCAGGCAGCCCGGCGUGCGGCAGCAGCUGGCAUCAUUGGGCAAUAAUCGCAUACAGGUACCAGCAAUAUGGCCACACCGAGCGCGGGGCUGGCGGCGCACCGGGACCUCUCUGCCGUCCCGCAGAAGUUCGUUUCCGAGCGAGAUAGGAAACUAAAUUUUCAUCCUUUCUUAAAUCUUUUUGAAUGUUAUACCUAUUAAAGGAAAAAAAAAAAGAUGCUAUAUUCAGUACUUUGGAGUAAAAUAUCAUCUUUAAUAAAAAAAAAAAAAACCACGGCAAUCCUUCUCUUCUCUUGGAAUGAUCUGUGGCGCACACGUAUGCUGGUGGCAGUGCAGGUGCCCCGAGCGCCGGGGCUGCUCCGUGCAGCGCGUGCCGAGCAGCGCCUUCAGUUCUUUUCCUUUCCUUCUUUUUUUUGCUUUUGCUUUUCUUUGUUUUUCUUUCCUCUUCUUUUUCUGUAUAUUUUCUUCCCUCCCCCCACCCCCCAGCGGAGAAUUAACUCCAGUGAGUGUGAACCAGUUGUUGUCGUCGGGAGAGAAGCGGUAGCGGAGGGCAGGGGAGCUGCUGCCCCGCUCCGUGUCGGUGCGCUCGGUUCACGAGUGGAAGGAGGGAAGGCGGCUGUGGUGCCCGGGGCUGGCGUUCACGCUGCGCGCGGUGGAGGUUUGAGCGUCGCGGUGACAAACGCGUUGUGCUUUAGCGAGCAGUGAGGAAGGAGUACGUGUCCGUGUGUCCUAGUCCUUGUAGCACCGGGCAGUGUCUGCACUCCGGGUCGAGCAGGGAGAACGGCGACUUGUGUCCCUUCAGUGCCUUAUCGCAGGGCGUGCGGCCGCGCGGGGCCAUAGGAGCGGCCUUAGGGAGGGCAGCGGGGAUGCUGGGCUCUGCGGGCGGGGGGGUGCUCUGGGCAUCGAAACGACCUCGCCCUUUUUGCAAAGACAGGUCAGGAAUAGGAGGAAGUGCCUGGGUGAGCGUCAGCCCCGUCCCGCUCCGGGCGCUGGGCGAGGGCUGCGGCCGUGGCUCUGGAGUGAGCGCCGGGCUGCGCUCGCUGCUGCUGGGGCCACGCAGGAACCAAACGAUGGGGAAGGAGCGGGGCUGCAGCGGGGGGAGGGGGGAGGCUGAGCGUGGAACACCCCCACCUCCACCAUCGGCAUCGCGGCGUACGUCGGCGUGUGUCAUUACUCUAUUUUGUAUAUUAAACGAGAGAUAUAUAACGGGGACAAAUCCUAUAUCGUACCGGUGUAUGGCAUUAUUAAAAAAAAAAAAAAAAAUCAUUAUUUUUAUCACAGUAAUUUUAAACGGCAUAAAAACAAAAAUUAAAACCAGUGACUCCUGUUUAAAGAUGAAAGUUGUAGUUUUUUAUUCAUGCUGAAUAAUUCUGUAGUAACAAGUCUGUAGUUUUCACCGACUCAGUGAAAUGUUGGACUGUAAAAGCUUGUGUGGAAUUGUUGAGCAUUUAUUUUUUCAUUUAAAUUUGCUGUUCUGGUAAUACAAAGCCACACAUCUGUACAGAAGUUGCAGUAAAUGUGAGCCAUUUACAGCAAUGCCGAGUAAUGGACAGAAACCAUACAAUAAAAUUCUGCUUUUUUCAUUCAA